AUGUCCAUGCUCCGGAACCGUGACAUAAGGGGCUUCUUCACCAAGGCCGCCGUCCCCGGUCCAGGCCGCGCAUCCCAAUCCCAGUCAGCCGCGUCACCGCAGCGAGAACGGGCUCCGCCCUCAUCUCCUGCCACGCGCCCGGAACCCACACCAAAACCCGUCCUUCGGACCGAGGAGGUUAGGUGCUCCGAUGAUGAGGACGGCGACUCGGACGACUCCCUCGAGUCCAUCACCGCCUUCAUAGAGCGGAAGCGCGGCCCCCUCGCCCCGGUCUCCGCGGCCAAGAGGAUAGCUUCCACAUCGACUCCCGUGAAGUCUCCGUUGGCCGUACAGCCGAAGCACAAAUACGAUCUCAAGUACUUGGUCAACCAUACGCGGCAGUCCGACCGCGCCGACGAGAGCGCCAGACGGGCUGAUGAACUCAUCAACCAAAUCGACGACGAAGAUGGCAAUAUCGACGACGGGGCGCCGCACCUCACAGACGUGCAGAAGAAUCCGGCACUGCUGCACAAGACCGCCAAGGCGCUCCUCCACGGCGACGAGGAAGAAGCCAAAGGCGACAAGCUCUUGAGGGCCAUGAACCGCACCCGAGCCGACGGCGUUCGCAGGGCGCACUACUUCUUCAACGUCGAGAAGCCCCUGUUCAAACCUCCGCGGAAGGUCUUUCCCGAGUGGGAGGCGGGAGGGUGUUGGCGCUUCCUGGCGGACCCACGCACGCGGAACCAAGCCAUCAUCCUCGGCCUACCCCACGCGAUGCUGGUCAAGGGCAGGACACUGCCGGACGAGCUCUUCCUCUGGGUUCUGGACGAGGUCUGCGUGGAGAGGAACGCGCAGCUGCGCACGCAGUACUGCAACAUCGUGGCUCUAUGCUCUGGCAGCGUCGCCCGCCUCGUCGACGACGCGCGGUUGUACACCAUGCUUGCGCAGAUCGGCGGCCCCAAGCACGCCUUCCUCGAAGAGGGGGACGGGGACACCAAGCUCCAAAGCCUACCCAGGACCGAGGAUCCGUACCCAGGUAGGGACUGGGCGGGUCUCGCGGCGUUCCUGGGCCUCGUGGAACGCAUAGCCCCGAAUCUAAGCGCGCCCAACGCCAUAGGUGCCGUCCAGCUUUUGCUACGGAUGGGCCUCGACCCCGUCAUCAGUACUAUGGUCCGUGCCGAACACGCCGCCGCGAUAGAGGCCCUCGUCGGAGCGUUGCCCAAGUCUGGGACGCGCCAAUGGAACGAUUCUUGCGGAACUUUAGCCUCGUACCUCCUAUCCAUCGUCGACUCCCCCGAGCACCGGAUCCUGCCCAUCAGCCGCAUACCGGCCACCACGUCGAAGCUGCAGGACCUACGCCGACGCCUCGCGGCCGCGGUGCUCUUCCCUUCGCUCGUCCUCAUCCCCGCCAGCGGCACCAGCAGCAUCACCACCCGGCCGGUCGACGACGCCCUCGCGCCCGCCGACAUCCUGCACCGCCUCGAGCAGCCCGACUUCCGCGUCGGCCCGGACGCCGACUACGACCAGCUGCGGGCGCUCUUCGCGCUCGUCGACACGGCCGUGGGCGGGGGCGGAUUCCUGCGACCGUCGCCCUCGGCCUCGCCCCUGUCCUCCAUUACUACCACUACCGCCUCGUCCCCGGCCGGCCCCGGCGAAAAGCCCACUUCGGCGAACGGCCCCCGGAGCGCGGCUGGCGGCGGCGGCGGCGGCGACGCGGCGGACGCGGCGGUGGACGCGCUGGCGGCGCGGCUCAAGGCGGCGCACGACCGGAUCCACGACAGCGCGCUGCUGGAGCGCAAGGUGGCCAAGGCGUCGAUCGACGUGGUGGCGAAGCGGCUGGCGUACGCGGUGCGGUCGCGGCCGCCGCCCAAGACGAGCAUCUUCGACCACGACGGCGAGCGCGAGCGCGAGCGCGAGGCCCGCCAGGCGGCCGACCUGCCGCGCCAGCGCGCCUUCAUGAAGAGCUGGGCCGCGGGGCGGCGCGAGCGCGAGAAGGAGAGGGAGAGCGGCAGCGGCAGCGGUAGCGGGAGUGCGAGCACGAGCACGAGCGGGAGCGGGAGCGGGAGCAGGAGGGAGGGCCUGAGGGGUGGCGGGGCGGGGAGAGGAAGAAGGGGGUGGUUAAGGUAGAUGGCUAAGAGGGAGAGGGUGGUGGAGGAGAUGCUGAGAUGGGAGUUAGUAUAUUAAUGGGUUGCUAUAUCGAUCGAGUAGACGGAUAGAUGGGGAACAGAGCGGACGGGGGGGAUAGACGACGUCCACCAGACGACGUCGCUAGCUUCCACCUCGAGGAGUCUAGAUAGCUACGUGCUCCCUCUGUCGGCGCGAUAGGUAGAGUGUGCUCGGAGCUAAGGAAGGGUGCUAUUAUACGUGGAUAUCUAACGCACACGUCGAUUCUUAUAGAACGAACUUCCCCCUUCCUCUUCCUGUCUACCUUGACGAUGAUUGCGUAGCAGCGUCCCUCUAUUCCCGUGCUUCUAAGACGAUUUAUACCACCAGUAUAGAGAUAAGAUAGAGACGGGGGGGGGG